AUGGCCAUGCAAGGUCUCAGCACAAUUAUUGUGCUCUCAUUUAUCCUCGCGAUCGGUUUCCUUCUCGUCAUCCUUUCCGCCGCGCUUUUCGAGGGAAAUUAUCUCACCCUCCUUGUCGUCGCAACCUACGUGUUAGCUCCGGUACCGAACUGGAUAUGCGGGAAAGCUCAGGCUCGUGAUGAUUUUAUGGACAACAACGGCAGCAAUAGCAUCGUGGAGCUGGGCCGGUUUCUGACGGGUUUCCUAGUAUUGAUGGGGAUCGCAUUACCCGUGGUCCUUGCGCACUGCGAUCAAAUUACGACAGCUGCCAUGGCUAUGAGCAUCUCUGGUGGACUGCUAAUUUACGGCACGAUCAUCGCAUUUGGACUAUUCUUUAGAGAGCAAGAGGAGUUCUGA